AUGUAAUAAACAAGAUAAUCAAGAAUGGAUAUGGAAUUCAAUUGAUGGAACAGUUCGAAGUAAACACAAUGGUGAAUGUUUGACAUCGGAAGCAGAACCUGAAAUAUGGGUAGGUCCACUUUCAGAUGGUUCACAAGCAGUACUUUUAUUCAAUCGAGUUGAUAGUGGAAGUGAACCAAUCACUGUUAAAUGGAGUGAUAUUGGUUUUCCUAUUAAUCAUUCAGCUGUUGUUCGUGAUUUAUGGGCACGUAAAGAUCUUGGAACAUUUACUGGUAGUUAUACAUCACCUAACAUUGAUCAUCAUGCAGUAAUGAUGUUAAAAAUCACUCUUACUAAGUAG